AUGCGGAAGGAUCUCCUUACAAUUCUACAGCUGGGGUUUGCUUUCUUUACUGUCUUUUCCGCCUUCAACUCCCAAGGAUUCAUUGAAAUAUCGGUGCUGAGAAGUCUAUCUCAGCAUGAUCCGGCAUCAGGAAUCACCUCGAAUAGCGGUUACUACAGUCUGGCCAUCAUCUACUUUGUUUUUACUGUUUUCAAUCUAUUUGCACCUCCCAUAAUCAAUGUUCUUGGGGCAAAGUGGGCACAGGUGGUGGGAGCAGUUUGUUACAUGUCAUUUAUGGUUCAGUUUCUGGUUCUUAACGCUUGGAGGCUGUAUCUUUUCUCUGCAGUUUUAGGAUUUGGUGCUGCAAUUAUUUGGACUGCAAAUGGAGCAUAUCUGGUGCAGUUCUCGCGGCAGGGAAAAAUGGGCCGUAAUAGCGGGAUUCUGUGGGCAAUGUUGCAGUCAUCGCUGGUUGCCGGAGCGAUUUUCUUGUACUUCGUUCUCAGCUAUGGUGACCUCUACUCCUCGUACCGCUUUCUCUACAGCGCUUUCGCUGUUGUCUCAACGGUGGGCAUCAUCACCCUGUGCCUACUUCCAUCGAGCCCGCCACUCAAUGUAGACGAUAACCUCCAAGAUCCGCUUUUUGAUGAGAAUUCGGAUGAGCUGGAUGUUUCAGCUCCUAUCGACAUUACCACAACACGAGAUUGGCGGGAAGAAUUCAAGCACACGUUCUCUCUUCUGGCCACUCGAGAGAUGAUGCUUUUAUCAGUGUGUUUUCUGUACAGCGGCAUCGAAACAUCGUUCUAUACAGGAGUGUACACAGCAUGUUUAUCUGCUGCUACCGCUUUGAAUGGAGGCUCAGAGAAAAUAAUCGCAUAUGCGGUGUUCGCGAUGGGUGCUGGACAGAUUACCGGUGGUUUGUUGUUUGGUGUGUUUCCUCGUAGUAACAGAAUGAAUCGUUCACAAAUCGUCAUCCUUGGCAUGGUUCUCCACAUAACCGCAUUCUUCUUCUGCUUCCUCAAUCUGCCGAUGGAGGCUCCUUUGCAUAAAACUUCAGCUAUUGGGUACAUUGAACCAAGCGUUUUCCUCGCAAUAAUGACUGGUUACUUCCUUGGGCUUGCUGAUUCGUGCUGGAACACUCAGAUUUACACCCUGAUUGGUGUCGCGUACAAGGACGAGUCUUCAUGUGCAUUUGCUCUUUUUAAGUUUUUCCAGUCACUAGCGGCCUGUGCUUCCUUCUACUAUAGCUCCAUCUUUCUGCUUCAUUGGCAGCUUCUUGUGUUGUGCCUUGGAGGAGCCGGUGCUGCAAUCUGUUUCUUUGUCGUCGCGAUCAAAGCGGAGGAACAAGUGGAAGAGGAUUGA